GUGACGACUACGAGCGCGGUCUCUCUCUCUCUCGAGUGCGUAGAACCAUACAAGCAGUGCGGCGGCAAGGGCUACGAAGGUGCUGGUACAUGCUGUGUCGCUGGACAGCACUGCAUGCCACGGAACGACUGGUAUUCCCAGUGUUAUGCACCGACAAGGACCACGACCACAAUUCCUCAGGCAUCCUCUAUCACCGGCACGGCAACUUCGACUAGUCUCACGGCGAAGGAUCAUGCUGAGAAGGACUGCUACAUGGAGCGCGAGAUCGUGGAGGACGAAGGGAGCAGUGUUGGAAAAUUCUGCUGCGUAACUUCCGCCACUGACUGUCAAGAACAGUGCUCCAGAAUCAACGGCUGCAACAGCAUAUCUGAAUGUGGCGAUGGGCAUUGCCACUUCAAGGACAAGAUUGUGAGCAAGGACGACCUGAGCAAACCAACAGGUUCCUGGCAGCGGGACCUCUGCAAGACCUACUACAAGACUACAUGUCAGGCGUCCUCUAUCACCGGCACAGCAACUUCGACUAGUCUCACGGCGAAGGAUCAUGCUGAGAAGGACUGCUACAUGGAGCGCGAGAUCGUGGAGGACGAAGGGAGCAGUGUUGGAAAAUUCUGCUGCGUAACUUCCGCCACUGACUGUCAAGAACAGUGCUCCAGAAUCAACGGCUGCAACAGCAUAUCUGAAUGUGGCGAUGGGCAUUGCCACUUCAAGGACAAGAUUGUGAGCAAGGACGACCUGAGCAAACCAACAGGUUCCUGGCAGCGGGACCUCUGCAAGACCUACUACAAGACUACAUGUCAGGCGUCCUCUAUCACCGGCACAGCAACUUCGACUAGUCUCACGGCGAAGGAUCAUGCUGAGAAGGACUGCUACAUGGAGCGCGAGAUCGUGGAGGACGAAGGGAGCAGUGUUGGAAAAUUCUGCUGCGUAACUUCCGCCACUGACUGUCAAGAACAGUGCUCCAGAAUCAACGGCUGCAACAGCAUAUCUGAAUGUGGCGAUGGGCAUUGCCACUUCAAGGACAAGAUUGUGAGCAAGGACGACCUGAGCAAACCAACAGGUUCCUGGCAGCGGGACCUCUGCAAGACCUACUACAAGACUACAUGUCAGGCGUCCUCUAUCACCGGCACAGCAACUUCGACUAGUCUCACGGCGUCCUCUAUCACCGGCACGGCAACUUCGACUAGUCUCACGGCGUCCUCUAUCACCGGCACGGCAACUUCGACUAGUCUCACGGCGUCCUCUAUCACCGGCACAGCAACUUCGACCAGUCUCACGGCCUCCUCUACCUCCGGUACCGCAAGGUCGACCAGUCUCACGGCAACCGGCUCUGCAACUUCAUCCUCAACAUCUGUCGCAGAAGCCUCUACUACGUGGUCUUCGACAGUUCCCGCUACUUCCACGACUGCGUCCUCUACCGUAUCAUGGACAAGCACGACAUUGCCAUACGAAGUCGGUGAAGUCUGCGGCUCCUGCCGAUGCUCCCGAAUUCGACCGGACAGCUAUCGCGGAGUUGUGACCCUGGCGAGGUGCGCCUCCCUCUGCUGGACAGCGAAUUUGAGCCAUCUACAACACUUUGGCAGCAGUCUCGACGGACCAGGCACUGCAGGAGUCUGCGUAUGCUGCGAUGGAACUGAGAUGGAGGAGGGCCGCUCCGGCAUGCGGGGCUACGGAUUACAAGCGAUCGAAGAAGUGCAGACGAGCCGCUUUUUCAUGGAGCAAUUCCUUCCGAGGGAUCCUCUGGGCACCUUGCCCAAGGUGGAUGAAGAUGAGAAGGCGACGCAGCAGGACGGAUCCUUGUCCACGGCAGCCUUGAUCACGAUUUCCACUGUGGUGGCCUCCACACUCACCCUUGUGAUCUUGGCGGUCGUGAUGAAGAAGCGCAGAACCAAGAAGGCAGUCAAAGCGCUUGCAAUGCUGGCUGCUCGGGAAUCAUUAGAGCUGGGCAUCGCCACGGAGUACUUGCUGGAGACAUUCCCACGAGAGGCUCAAACUGCAUCAGGAGCGUCGAACCCAAACUUCUAUGAGCUGUGCAAGUUCGUGGCCAUCGGCCCCAGUGGCAAGGGCUUUGGCAAGACCUGCCCACGUGAUGGCAAGUUGAACUGCAGCAUUGUGGAUGCCUUGGAAACGCCCAGGCGAGGGAAAGCUACUCACUUCGUCUCCUGGUGUUGGGCGUAUUCCUUGGACGACGUGGUGGACGCCAUCCAAAGCUGGACGCAGUCCUCCAACGCUCCUCCGUCGACCCACAUCUGUUUGUGGAUGUGUUUCUUCUGCAACAAUCAGUACAGGAUCCUGGAGGAGCGCAGCGCCACGGGCUCCGCGGAGUUGCAAACCGUCUUCGAGGCCCACCUCGCCGCUGCAGGCCAGAUGCUGGUCAUCCUGGACUCGUUCCUGCAGCCCCACUACUACUCGCGAGCCUGGUGUUUGUUUGAGACCUUUGUGUGCAUCCAGCAAGAAUACCCACGCAGAAUCUUGUUGCCGAGUCGGGAACUCGAGGCUUUCAAGGAGACCAUCGAGACGAGCGGACCAGCCCCGAUACGACAAAGGAUCCAAGGUCGGGGCUCCCAAAUGAACAAAUGA